UGCGCACGCGCGACCUAAAGGCUGGGAUUGGACGGAGCCGGGCGAAGGGAGUUUACGUCACUUCCGAGGCGGGAGGAUGAAGUUGAUUGACCACGAUGUCUGCGGCAACCAGGGGUUGCCUUUGAAGAGGUUCUUGUUGAAGUUAUAUUUAAAAGGUAAUCUGGAGCCUUGCCAUAACAUAGCUUAUCAUCAUAUAGAAGUCCUCCAACUUUUUCCCAAGCGUUCCAGGGAGGGCCUGCUGACAGGAAGUCCUCUGGUCUCUCGUCUAAGUCACUCACCCUGGGGGAAAAGACCAGAGAAGAAAGACACUGGCACCAGGACCCGCCACUGGCACAGUAGCUGCCACCUGAGAAAGCUGGCCCUUGGGCUGAGGAUGGAUCUCAUUAACUUGGUGCCAUAUUUGCCUCGGGCAAAGUGGUCCCCAGGGCCAGGAGACCAAGAUUGGCAUGCAGUGUUGUGUCAGGUGCACAAGGAAUCCCAGAAGUGUACAAGACGGAAGAGUCUGCUGAAGCUGAGGAUCAUGGACUUCCUCACCUCCACGGCCAUCCUGCCCCUGCUGUUCGGCUGUGUGGGAGUCUUCAGCCUCCUCAAGCUGCUGCAGCGCAUGCGCAUGCGGGCCUACCUACAGAACGCCGUGGUGGUCAUCACGGGCGCCACCUCAGGCCUGGGGCGAGAAUGCGCCAAAGUCUUCUAUGCUGCAGGGGCUAAGCUGGUGCUGUGUGGCCGGAACAGGGAGGCCCUAGAGGAGCUCACCAAAGAACUCACUGCUUCUCAGGUUACCAAGGUGGAGAUGCACAAGCCUUACAUGGUGACCUUCGACCUUGCAGACCCUGGGGCCAUCGUUGCAGCAACUGCCGAGAUCCUGCGGUGCUUUGGCUGUGUGGAUGUGCUCAUCAACAACGCUGGGGUCAGCUACCGCGGCGCCAUCACGGACACCACCAUGGACGUGGACAAGACGGUCAUGGAGAUAAACUACUUUGGCCCAGUUGCUCUAACGAAAGCACUCCUGCCCUCCAUGAUCAAACGGCAACGGGGCCACAUCGUUGCAAUCAGCAGCAUCCAGGGCAAGAUCAGCAUUCCUUUUCGAUCAGCCUAUGCGGCCUCCAAACACGCAACCCAGGCAUUCUUUGACUGUCUGCGCGCCGAGAUGGAGCAGUAUGAGAUUGAGGUGACCGUUAUCAGCCCCGGUUACAUCCACACCAACCUCUCUCUAAAUGCCCUCACUGCUGAUGGCUCUAAAUAUGGAGUUAUGGACAAGACCACGGCCCAGGGCCGAAGGCCUGUGGAGGUGGCCCGAGAUGUUCUGGCUGCUGUGGGGAAGAAAAAAAAAGAUGUGAUCCUGGCGGACCUGCUGCCUUCCUUGGCCAUUUAUCUGCGAACUCUGGCUCCUGGGCUCUUCUUCAGCCUCAUGGCCUCCCGAGCCAGAAAGGAGCAGAAAUCCAAGAACUCCUAGUGCCACAACAGCUGGGCAGGAAGCAGCCCCUGCCUGGGAAUGGCUGCCCCACAAGGGAGAACUCCAUUUGUGGAGACUUUAUCGGAUGUUUGUCUCAAAGGAAGGAAAGACAGAGAUACACUACUACAGAUCUCUGGCUAGGCUCCUCCUGCUAGAGAAUGGGAAACAAAAAAGGCAGCAGGAUUCUCGGGGGUGAGGGGUAACCCUUAAGAAUAAAUGUGGAGCUAGAUUUUAAUGCUAAGAAUAUGAAAUAAAUGAAUGGAAUAAUAAGAGUCGUAGUCCUCAAGGACUAGAAGAACCAUGCCUCCUUUGAGUUCCAGCCUGCACCAGCUCCUAGAAAGUGUUUCAGUCUUGAAAUAAGAAGAUAUCCUGACAUCACCUUGGCCCAGUUGUUUUCAUAUUUGACUUAUCCAAGACCACUUACCUAAUUGUUUUGGCAGAGUCUACUUCCAGCACUAAAGGGAGAAAGCUGUCUUUCCUGGUUCCUACACUAUCUCAUUCAGCACGGCAGAUGGGCUAAUAUGUGAUCAGUCAUUUGACACAUCCCAAGUAACACUGGCUUUAAUGCCUACAAGAAUUACCCAGUUUUCCUGCUGACUCCCACUCAAAGCCCUGUAGGAUCAGGCACCAUUCCAAGCAGAAAAAUGUACUAAAGAAACAGCCAAAAGGGAGAGGAAAAUCCGGCAUGGUCCCAUGUAUCCUCCAGAAAAUACGACUCAGAAACAGUCAGGUGGACAGGGCUUGUAAAGCAGCAUCUGGCCCCUGGCAGAAACAGCCUGUUUAUUAGACGUGACGGUUGGAGUGUAGCCAGAAAAGGUGCCCGUGUCCACUUUUCUGAUUUAUUACAAAUACAUGGUUGAGGUUCGUUGAGUAAAUCUACUUCAUACCUGAAGUUUAGGGUGACAGUGAAAAUUGUGGGUCCACUGCAUAGGCUUCCCCGAAUUAAAAUAAAAAUCUCCUAGCA